AAAAACAGCAAAUAUUGGUUUCUUUCUCCUCGUCAACUCCCCGAGUUUGCUUUGCCAAAAUUUGAAGAAGAAUCUGCGUCGUUGUUCUUCUUUUUUGGGUGCUGGGUUUAACCUAGAAAGUUGGAAGCCUAGGGAGGCCGGACAGGAAAGAGUAAUCUCAAUUCAGCGUAUUGAUUACGAGCGAGGAAACGGGUGAGCGAGCGAGCGGCCAAGAAGAUGGAUUUGGAUCAGUGGAUUUCGAAGGUGAAGGAAGGGCAGCAUCUUCUGGAAGACGAGCUCCAACUUCUCUGCGAAUAUGUAAAAGAAAUUCUGAUUGAGGAAUCCAAUGUCCAGCCCGUCAACAGUCCUGUGACUGUCUGUGGUGAUAUUCAUGGUCAGUUUCAUGACCUUAUGAAACUUUUCCAGACUGGAGGUCAUGUUCCAGAGACAAAUUAUAUAUUUAUGGGAGACUUUGUGGACCGAGGUUAUAAUAGUCUUGAAGUUUUCACCAUUCUUUUGCUUCUUAAAGCAAGCAGUUCAAUAAUUCUUCCCUCUGUGUAUAGGUACCCAGCUAAUAUUACACUUCUGCGUGGAAAUCACGAGAGCAGACAACUAACUCAGGUUUAUGGGUUUUACGAUGAGUGCCAGAGGAAGUAUGGAAAUGCCAAUGCCUGGCGCUAUUGUACAGAUGUUUUUGAUUAUCUUACACUCUCAGCUAUUAUUGAUGGCACUGUGCUGUGUGUCCAUGGUGGUCUUUCUCCUGAUGUCCGAACAAUUGAUCAGAUAAGAAUAAUUGAACGGAAUUGUGAAAUUCCACAUGAAGGACCUUUCUGUGAUCUUAUGUGGAGUGAUCCUGAAGACAUUGAAACAUGGGCGGUUAGCCCCAGAGGAGCAGGUUGGCUUUUUGGGUCAAGGGUUACUUCUGAGUUUAACCACAUUAACAAUCUUGACCUUGUUUGUCGGGCACACCAAUUGGUACAAGAAGGCCUCAAAUACAUGUUUCAAGAUAAAGGCUUAGUAACUGUGUGGUCUGCGCCAAACUAUUGUUACAGAUGUGGGAAUGUGGCUUCCAUCUUGAGCUUCAAUGAGAAUAUGGAGAGAGAAGUGAAGUUUUUCACUGAAACGGAGGAGAAUAAUCAGAUGAGAGGGCCAAGGACAGGUGUUCCGUAUUUCUUAUGAUCGCUCCGAUGCCCCAACUGCUGCACGCAUACUUGUAAAAUUUCAUGGAGUAUUAUAACGUGACUGAAAAGGCUGAGAAGAGGGCCUUCAUCAUGUGGAGAAGCAUAGCGCCAAAGCUCGGUCUGUCGGUCGGUUACAUGUUUAGCAGUACAGGUACCACCUUUGAUUUGCUAGGGGGUGGAAAUUUGUCAUCCACUUCUAGCCUACUGAUUAUGAGAAGGUACAUUUAGGGUUUCCAAAGGGUCUGCAGUUGAAGAAUUAGAUGUCAGUGAUUUAUCAGUUUGUUCUUCUCCCCGAUAUGUACCUCAUUUGUGUCUCCUCCCUUGUUGCAGAAUGUUUGUUCUUUUUGUAUCAGUUUGUUUCAAUUAAUUGUCAGUGCAUCGUUCCAGACUUCCCAGACUGUUUUUUGGGUCCAGGUUCAGGCUACAUGUAAACAGCACCAAUCCGCCCAGCACCAGUUUGUGGAACUAACUAUUUAGCCAUUUAUGCCUUGUUUCGCUGAGACAGAACAGAUCGAGUUGAUUAGAUUUCAGGGUAGUAACCAAGGAAACGUUUUAUCCUUUUUCUAUUAAACAUGGUCUCUGUUAAAACACGUACGUGGUGUUUAUACUUUUACAGCCCAGAAGGUCAAUUUAGCCUGGCUUUGUAGUGUUUUAAACGGAUUUUACUAAGAACGAUAACCAUUCCACAGG